UCGGAGGAAAGCGAGGAGGUGGUGGCGGCGGCAGCAGCGGCUAAGUUGCUUCGAGGGGAGUCCAAGAUGACCGGUUCUAACGAGUUCAAACUGAACCAGCCACCCGAGGACGGCAUUUCCUCGGUGAAGUUCAGCCCCAACACCUCCCAGUUCCUCCUGGUCUCGUCCUGGGACACGUCGGUGCGCCUCUACGACGUGCCGGCCAACUCCAUGCGGCUCAAGUACCAGCACACCGGCGCCGUCCUGGACUGUGCCUUCUACGAUCCAACACAUGCUUGGUGUGGAGGAUUAGACCAUCAGUUGAAAAUGCAUGAUUUGAACACUGAUCAAGAAAAUCUCGUCGGAACCCAUGAUGCCCCUAUCAGAUGUGUUGAAUAUUGCCCAGAAGUGAAUGUGAUGGUGACAGGGAGUUGGGAUCAGACAGUUAAACUGUGGGAUCCCAGAACUCCUUGUAAUGCAGGGACCUUCUCUCAGCCCGAAAAGGUGUACACCCUCUCAGUGUCUGGAGACCGGCUGAUUGUGGGCACUGCAGGCCGCAGAGUGCUGGUGUGGGACUUACGGAACAUGGGCUACGUGCAGCAGCGCCGGGAGUCCAGCCUCAAGUACCAGACUCGCUGCAUCCGGGCAUUUCCCAACAAGCAGGGCUAUGUAUUAAGCUCCAUAGAAGGCCAAGUGGCAGUUGAGUACUUGGACCCAAGCCCUGAGGUGCAGAAGAAGAAGUACGCCUUCAAGUGUCACAGACUGAAGGAGAACAACAUCGAGCAGAUCUACCCGGUCAAUGCCAUUUCCUUUCACAACAUCCACAACACAUUUGCUACAGGUGGCUCUGAUGGAUUUGUAAACAUUUGGGACCCAUUUAACAAGAAGCGGCUAUGCCAGUUCCACCGGUACCCCACCAGCAUUGCGUCUCUGGCCUUCAGUAACGACGGGACCACACUCGCAAUAGCAUCGUCGUAUAUGUAUGAAAUGGAUGACACAGAACAUCCCAAAGAUGGUAUCUUCAUUCGCCAAGUGACAGAUGCAGAAACAAAACCCAAGUCCACCUAAUCAUCUCGUGAAAGUGGUUUCUCUAUGGCAAGCUUUGUUUUGCUUCCUACAAAUACAUACUCAUCCCCUAAGGGAUGCGUUGUAGUCAUUGUGGACACCUUAUUUAGUAUGUGGAUUUCUCUGUUUUCUUUCUUAAAAAAACUUGUCUUUGUGCCCUUCCAUGCUGACUUUGUGUAGGAUGAGGAGUCUUUGUGUCCUUGGGUGAUAGUCCGAAGAAUUUUUUUUACCCCCAGAAAGCCCAGUUGCAGUUUCGGAGCAGCUUGAGCUCUUUUUGUAAAAUAAUCUAACCCUGUUAUUGCCGUGCUGUCUAAUAAAUCAGAGAUUCAGAACCCUUAAAAAAAAAAAA